CCUGCUACUACGCUCAAGUACUCCGUGCCGGACACGUACGAUCCUCACCUUGCAUUCGAUCGCAACCUGUAGACAUAUAAUCACUGCAACGACCCACACCUCUGUAUCAUCCACGCUCUCCUCUUCGCCGACAAUGAACUCUGGAAGAGCACCUCCGCCGCAAGGCCCACCUCCGAGCUAUGCGUUUGUCGGACGAGUGUACAAACGCAGUCUGAGGCCUGUGGUGCUUUUCACUACAUUCAUCGAUGGUCUGUGGUCGCUACUAUGUGCUAUCAGCGCUUUCAGAGUGAUCAACUUCGACAAGCAACAUCUUCCGAAACUCACCAACUUCUCCAUUGCGCUGGGCGCGAUCUACAUGGCCUCGGCGCUCAUUGAGGGCCUCGGACUCACCGCUGCUACUACUCAACGCCUUGCGCUUAUUCGUAUGUACGCCUUCGCGUCCUUCUUCUCCGCGCUCUGUGUCAUCGCUGCGGGAUUCAUCCGUGUGGUUACCCAUUUCACCAUGAAGCACGAUCUCAUCUCCACAUGCGCGACACUUAUCCAGGGGGAUACCGUCUUCGAGUCAUGGGGAUUCUGGGGCGGCGUCUCCUCACAUCAGGUGAAACCCGACGAAGCGAACCAACUCUGCCAGAAUGCAUGGGAUCAUGAUUCCUGGUCCGAGAUCGUAUCUCUUCUCAUUGAAAUCAUCCUUGGCCUCCUCUUCAGUAGCAUCGCCUUCGCCUACUACCAUCAAGCCCUCGACCCAACUUCCGUUGCCAACUUCUCUCGCGCACCCUCAAACCAAGUUCGCAUGGACGCGUACCCGACCAACAAUUACUCCAUGCCUUACCUCGGCUAUAACCGAGGACACCCGGGUCCGUUCGCACCGCCGGCCGGCCCCCCUCCCGGCGCUGGAGUGUAUGCGCCUCCGGCUGGUCCACCGCCAGGCAAAGGUUACAGUGCUAGUGAACUACCCGCGUACGAGGGCGGUUCCAGCGAUGGGCACGACGAUAAGAAAGAGAAUCCCUUUGAGGACUUCGAGGAGGCGCCGUUGACGGCGAGGCCGAGCGAUCAUGAGCGGGAUGUGACGAGUCCCAGAACAGGUUAUCGUGUCUGAGAUGGAGGUUAUAGAUAUCGAUGAGAGCGAUAUUUUGGUGUGGAAUGUGUAGGAUAAGGACGGACAAUGGACUACGUUACUUCGUUAUAUUGUUACCACUUUCACGCAUGUUCACCGUGUUUGCCCUGAAUGACAAAGCAUU